CUUUCCCACGCGGCCGCGCCUGCGCAAAGGCCUCAUGAGGGAAAAAGGGGGCGUGGCCCCGCGAGGGAGGCUCUCCUGUGAGGCGCCGGCGGCAAAAUGGCGGCGGCCGGGGUUGCUAUGGUUGCUGAGGGGAGCCCCGGGGCCGGGAAGGCCGCCGCCUCGCCUGAGGAAGAGGAAGAGGAGGAGGAAGAGCUCGAGCCGUCGCCGGUGGAAGAAGAGGAGGAGGAGGAGGAAGAAGAGGGCCCUGAGGGGGAGGCCGGCCCGGCGGGCGGGAGCAGCGCCGGGUUCCGCUUAACGGCGGUGCGCCGCGAACCGGCGGUGCGUCUCCAGCACAGCGUGACCGGCCUGGAGCCCCUGGCCUGGUCCGAGGACCACCGCGUCUCGGUCGCCACGGCCCGCAGCGUCGCCGUCCUCGAGCAGCUGAGCGACGUCCACGGAGGAGGAGGAGGCGCCGACCUCGUCCUCCACCGCACCGCCGUCCCGGCCCCGGCCGCCGCCUGUCACCUCAAGGUUGGUUCAAAAAAAGAAGUUGCGGUAUGCAAGGAAAAGUUUGCCAGUUCAAAGGAUCCCACGAUCAGCCAGACGUUCAUGCUAGACAGGGUGUUCAACCCGGAAGGGAAAUUACUACCUUCCAUGCGAGGCUACAAAUACGCCAGCUGGUCUCCGCUGGGCUGCGACGCGAACGGACGGUGUCUUUUGGCCGCGUUGACCAUGGACAACAGACUGACCAUCCACGCUAACCUGAACAGGCUUCAGUGGGUGCAGCUGGUUGAUUUGACUGAACUCUACGGAGAGCGUUUGUGUGAGAACGGCUACAGGCUUUGCAAGGGAGAAAUCCCCCGGGCCGAUUUAGGGGACUUCUCCGAAUUCCAGAGGAGACACAGCAUGCAGACGCCCGUCCGCAUGGAGUGGUCGGGGAUCUGCACCACCCAGCAGGUGAAGCAUAACAACGAGUGUCGGGAUGUGGGCAGCGUUUUGCUGGCCGUGGUCUUCGAAAACGGGAACAUAGCCGUCUGGCAGUUCCAGCUUCCUUUCACGGGCAAAGAAUCCAUCACUUCGUGCAACACCAUCGAGUCGGGCAUCAGCUCCCCCAGCGUCUUGUCCUGGUGGGAAUAUGAGCACAGCAACCGAAAGAUGAGCGGGCUCAUUGUAGGGAGCACGUUCGGGCCCAUAAAAAUCCUCCCCGUCAACCUGAAAGCGGUCAAAGGCUACUUCACGCUGCGACAGCCGGUGGUUUUGUGGCAAGAGAUGGACCAGUUGCCAGUCCACAGUAUCAAGAGCAUCCCGCUCUAUCAUCCCUAUCAGAAAUGUAGUUGCAGCUUAGUGGUGGCUGCUCGGGGCUGUUACGUCUUCUGGUGCUUGCUCUUGAUCUCCAAAGCCGGCUUGAACGUCCAUAACUCCCACGUGACGGGAUUGCACGCCCUGCCCAUUGUCUCCAUGACGGUGGACCGGCAGAACGGCACCGUUUACACGUGCUCCGUGGACGGGAAGGUCCGGCAGCUGAUCCCCAUCUUCACGGACGCUGCCUUGAAAUUCGAGCACCAGCUGAUCAGCUUGUCGGAGGUGUUCGGCUCGGUGAGGACUCACGGGAUCGCGGUGAGUCCGUGCGGGGCCUACCUGGCGGUCGUAACGACGGAGGGCAUGACCAACGGCCUCCACCCCAUUUCCAAAACCUACCAGGUCCAGUUUGUGACCCUCAAAACGUUUGAGGAGGCUGCCGCUCAGCUGCUGGAAUCGUCCGUCCAGAAUCUCUUCCGGCAGGUAGACCUGACCGACCUCAUCCGCUGGAAGAUUCUGAAAGAGAAGCACAUCCCACGAUUCUUGCAGGAGGCCUUGGAUAAAAAGAUCGAAACCUUUGGCUCCACGUAUUUCUGGCGCUUCAAGCUGUUCCUCUUGAGGGUCUUGUACCAGUCACUGCACAAAGCGCCGUCCGAGGCUUUGUGGAGGCCGACGCACGAGGACGCAAAAGUCUUCCUGGCACAUUCCCCUGGGGCAGGGCCUCUCGAGGAGCAGCCGCAGGAUGAGGGGACUUCGAAACAGAGCAGGACGCGGCGUGUGAGCGAAGCGAGCAGGGGAGUGGAGACGGAGGAGACGGGCGAUGACGCCCUUGGCCACUCAAGUGACCUUGGAGGGCGGGAGCCGGUGGAAAACAGGCUUCUGGAGAUCCACACCCAGAUUGAAGUGGUAGAAAUGCAUUUGACGCGGGAACAUAUGAAGCGGGUCCUGGGUGAGGUAUACUUGCACACGUGGAUUACAGAGAACACCAGCAUUCCUACGAGGGGGGUCUGUGACUUCUUAAUGUCUGACGAAAGUUAUGACGACCGGACCGCACGGGUGCUGAUUGGGCAUAUCUUAAAGAAGAUGAACAAACAGACCUUCCCGGAGCACUGCAGCUUGUGCAAACAGAUCCUGCCGUUCACGGAUCGCAAGCAGGCGGUUUGUUCCAACGGACACAUUUGGCUCAGGUGCUUUCUAACCUACCAGGCCUGCCAGAGUUUGGUGUACCGAAGGUGUCUGUUGCGUGACAGCAUCGCCCGGCAUCCGACCCCCGCUGAUCCCGAAUGGAUCAAGAGGUUGUUGCAAGGACCUUGUACGUUCUGUGACUCUCCUGUUUUCUAGCGAAGGGCUCCCAGCAGAGAACCUGAAGGUCUACCCAGCCUGGGAAGCGCCCGAAGGCGCAGGCAUGCAGAUGCUCCCAAGGGAGAAAAAUUCAGGAGAGCCUGCGAGCUGGAGAUGCUCGGGGAGGGUCCCAGGCCCCUUUUUUCAACUCUUACGAACGCAGGAGCGACCAUCGCAUGGGAAACUCCAACACUGGGACUUUGGAAACGGUUCUGAUCCCAGUUCCAGUUGAACAGCGGCCGUAGGCUUGUUUCUUUCCGUCAAGCGGAGCCCGGAAUCGGAGAAACACACCAUGCCCCCCCCACGCCCACCUGCAGCGAAAUGUCGAACAGCAAGCUCCUGCCUGGAGGGUGGGGUUGGGGGUUGGGGUGGGCAGAUGAUCAGCACUUCCCAUCUCUUGAACUUUUUUGACCGCCGUUGGCACUUAACUGUACCAGAGACUAUUAAAUUAUUAGAAAUAA